CUCUCUGUUACCCCUAGACUUCCCCAGCAGCUGGUUCUGCCGGUGGUCAGAUAUCCCUGGGGUGUGGCUAGAUCUCUGGGUUGUUUUGACCCUGUGUUCGGGAGUUGACCGGGAAACCGCUCCAGGGUGACCAUGGACAGGAAGCUGACCUUGAACCGAGCGGAGACGUUCUCCUUUAUCAACCCGUGGAUAAGAUACUUCCUGUUCUUCUUCAGCUUCCUCUUCUGGGUCUUUUCCUUGCUGAUAGUUGCCAUUGGGGUUUAUGCCAAAGUUCAGAAAGCAACAGACACAGUCCGGGACACGUUCCUGAUCGACCCGGCGGUCAUCCUAAUUGUGGUGGGGGUGGUCAUGUUCUUCAUCACCUUCUGUGGCUGCAUAGGGGCCCUGAGAGAAAACAUUCGUCUCCUCAAGACCUUCUCCUUCAGCUUGGCCCUAGUCUUCCUUACACAGCUGGCCAUUGCAGUGCUUGGCUUCUUCUAUUCUGACCAGACACGCGAUGCUCUGGGGAAGUUUGUAAAGAAAGCUAUAGUUCACUAUAGGGAUGACCUGGACUUACAGAACCUCAUGGACUACAUACAGAAGGAGUUUAAGUGCUGUGGAUGGAACAACUAUACGGACUGGUCCUGGAACCUGUACUUUAACUGCACGUUGGGAAACCCCAGCUCAGAGCGCUGUGGAGUCCCUUAUUCCUGCUGUGCUCCGAUUCCAGGCGAGGUCGUAGUCAACACCAUGUGUGGUUUUGGGGUCCAGACCCAGAGCUAUCUAGAGGCCACUAAGUCCAUCUACCCAGUGGGCUGUGCCGACAGGGCUGUCAUGUGGAUCGAAUCCCAUCUGCUCCUGGUCGGGGCCUUAACCCUGGGUCUGGCCUUGCCCCAGAUUGCCGGCAUCGUUCUGUCCCAGAUCCUCAUAUCUCAGAUCCAGGAUGAAAUCAGCUCUGUGUUCUCAAGGGAUCAAUGCAUCGAGGAAUAGCAGGACAAGGACACUAGAAUUGUCUGAAAGGGGAAAGAGAACUACAGCACUUACUGUACAUGUACGUCUUACCAGAGAAAGGAAAACGAACAUUUCCUCCAUGCACUGACGACAACAUCUUCAGCACAGAACAUCUUAUUCACUCACUGAUGUGGUCCUGGCUAGGGCUACCGCAUGCAUGAGUGCAACUGUCUUCCUGUCUCACUGCAAUACCUUAAAAAUAUAAGGCAUACAUUUGGGAUCGAUCAUUUAUUACAAUCUAUAUAUUGUUAUUUAAGAUUAUUUUGUAUUUAUAUUAUCAUGGAAGAUUGUUAUUCAUCAAAGUGUGUUUAUUUAUAUUUCAAUUAAUCUAAUUUGCUAUUACAGGGUUCCUGCAGGUUUCAGUAAGUCAAAUUUAAGACCUUUUUAAGACAUUUUAAGACCAUAAAGAUUGAAAUUUAAGAC